UUAUAAACUUAGAAUUGGGUAUGGUCCAAACAACGAAAAUUUAUUGCAAGUGAAGGAAAACAGUUAACCUGUGGACCGAAAAUAUGGCUUGCCCGGAUAUAAAACCCGAGUCCGACGUGGAUUUCAUCCUCAGUAGUUACAACACAACCGUUGGUACAGAGGUUCUCAUUGGCUGUAAGAAGUUUGGCUACAGAUUGGAGGGACCAUACAAUGUCACGUGUUUAUCCAAUAGCACGUGGUCACCCAUACUCACGUCGAAUUCUCUGCAAUGUAAAUGGACGGGGGAGUUGAACAUGUACGAGAAGAUCGUGAUAGGGACCGGAGCGGGCUGUCUUGGACUCCUCGCAUUCGGAUUACUUCUAAUCUGUUGCUGCUCAUAUAUACACAAUCAAAACCAAAAAAGAAAAGCAGCGAAUCAGAGAUCCUAUUCACAGUUUGAUCCGCCCCAGAAAGAUCACCAGUAUAGUAAUGAUUAUAUCAGACAGAGUGGACCCUACGCUGACAGGAUAACUUCGGGGGACGGGUAUAAGAGACCACAAGGUGUUAUAGAUGAUCCAGGCAGUUAUCAUGUGUAUACCGGAAGAAAGGGAGACAACGACGGGAAGCCAGCAUAUCAGUAUGAUAACCGAGCUUUCGAAUCUCAGGACCAGAGUUUUAACAGUUUACAUCGGAAAGAUCCGCCAUAUUGGAAUGGUCAGAUACCACGGCCACAGAUACGAGACACUAGACAUUACUACUGACCUAUUAUAAAAUCUUGUAGUCAAAUGUACUCGUAUAUAGCGUCAUAGUCACUUGACCGGAUGUAGCACCAACUACAGAUGAAAAUGUCACCCUAACCUGAAAAAAAUCGGAGUAAAUCAAGUUCAAGAGGAUUCAAAGAGAUAUCUUACCAUAUCAAGAAGAGUAUAUAGAUGUAAUCACAUUCUCUAGCUACAUGAAACACUAUGCAAUCAGUGUAUACAAUCAUGUAUCUUAUCGAUUAAGCUACGUUCUUAUGUUUAUAAUGAGAGAGUAGCUCGAAAAGCGUGCAACAGAUCAUAGAUAAACAAUGUAUGGUUCUUUUCAUACAAUAAAUAGUAUGCACUGUAAA